UAUUUUCAGUUUGAAGUUUGAAUUCUUUAGUCGUGUGUGUUAUUAACAAUGGAUGAUAAUUCUCUGAUUCUACCUUGUGAAGCAGGAAGAAGCCGAAAACGACCAGUGACAAAAGACAAUUGGAAAAGGUCCAAAUUAAAAGCGCAAAGGCGUAGGCCAAAAGGCUUACCCGAAUAUCCCACAUGCCGCCAUGACAAGAAAUCUACUUUUUCAUGUAAGAAGCUAUCAAUGAGUGAUAUCCAUCGAUUCAAGACAUCCUUAUAUUAA